AUGAACCAAUCUACGAACUCAAAAUUAGUCAAUUUAGAACCUAGAGGUGAUGCUAAGUCUCAGUUAGCUAUGUCUAGUGUACAUGUUUCUAAAAAGUGGUUAUUGCCUCCGAAAUCAUUAGGAAAGGCUAGGUUCAAACAAAUGUCACAUAAAAAGGCAAUUGAAAACCCAAUUAAUAGUGAUGUCGUAUCCACAGACGUAGUUUCAAAGAAAAGACAACUCAAUAGAGAUGCUCAAAGAGCUUUCAGGGAAAGAAAAGAGAAGAAAAUACAAGAUUUAGAAGAUACAAUAGAUACAUUGCAAAUGUUAGUGAAGUCGUGGGAAAAAAGGUAUAAUCAGAUCGAGUUAGACCUUAAAAUAGCCAAAGAACAAGCAGAUGAAUUGAAAAAGGAAAACAUAUCCUUAAAAACAAGCUUGGUGGUUAAUAAUGAGAAAACCAGUAAUAUGAAAAGAAUUAGAACAACAAAAGUUGUGAAACAACCUGGAGCUAUAUCGAAUAAAAAAUUAAAGGAUAUGAUUAAUAACUUUACACCUAUCAAAUCAGUCUCAUUGAAGAAAAAGACAGACAGUUCCUUGGAAGAGACCCAUCGUUCAAUAGAUUCAAUUGGAGUUGUUGAAAGAUCAAAUACCAAAGUAGUAGGUAUUAAUGAAUGUGGAUUUUGCUCUGAUGAUACACAUUGUGUAUGUAAACAGGUGUCCAUAAAUAAUAGUAAUAGGAGUGAAAUUAUUGAUGGUGAGGACACUGGUUGUUCUAAAAACUCGUCCAAUUGUUCCCAUUGUGAUGAUAUCGAAAAAUCUUGUAUAACUUCAAAUAAUAUGGCUACUCAGCCUGACAGCGAAUGGAUUGUUACCAACUAUGAGCAUGUAUAG